AUGGUGACUAGGAAGAAGCUAGCAAAUGAAAUUGCUAAUGCUUGUUAUCUUUCUUCAGUGGAGCCUAAAUCAGUCAAGGACGCCUUUAAAGAUGAGAACUGGAUAUCUUCCAUGCAAGAUGAGCUUCAAAAAUUUGAGAGAAAUGAAGUAUGGACCCUUGUUCCUCGUCUUUUGGGUGCUAACAUCAUUGGUACUAAGUGGAUAUUCAGAAAUAAGACUGAUGAAGUGGGAAAUGUGGUGCGCAACAAGGCCAGAUUAGUUUCUCAGGGGUAUACUCAGAUUGAGGGAGUAGACUUUGAGCAAACAUUUGCUCAGGUGGCUAGAUUGGAAUCCAUAAGACUCUUAUUGGCUAUGGCGUGUUUCAUGAAGUUCAAGUUGUAUUAA